AUCAUUGAUUCGUUCGAUUCAUCCUCCCUCCCUACCCCCACCAAGGCACCAACGCCGCCGCGGCCAUGGCGCCGCCGCACCCGCUCAGCUGGGCUGACGCGCCGCCCUACCACUACCACGGGACGACCCAGCAUCCGGCGCCCACAAAGGAGGACGACGCAGGAGCAGCAGACGACGGGCCGCGCUCGCUCUGGAUCGGCGGCCUGCUGCACUGGAUGAACGAGGACUACCUCUACUGCUGCUUCACCCUCUCGCCCGAGCUUCUUUCUGUUGUCAUAAUGCGGAGCAAGCAUACUGGCCAGUCAGAGGGUUAUGGCUUUCUCAACUUCACCAGCCAUACUGCUGCCACUCACAUUCUCAAGAGCUACAAUGGUCAGCAGAUGCCUAACGCUGAUCAAGAUUUCAGCCUCAACUGGGCCACCCAGCAAACUGCUCCCGUGGAACUUACCCAUCAAGAGUCCAAGCUCGAUUGUGCCACGCAGCAGGAUGGACACGCCGAUGGCACUGCAACUUCUGAGCAUUCCAUAUUUGUUGGGGACUUGGCCUAUGAUGUUACUGAAUACAUGCUACACCACCUGUUCAAGAGUCGGUAUCCAUCAGUCAAGAGUGCAAAAGUUAUCUUUGACAAGCUUACUGGCCGCUCAAAAUGCUAUGGCUUUGUUUGCUUUGGAGAUGUCAAUGAGCACGCACAAGCAAUGACAGAAAUGAAUGGAGCAUACUGUUCUACCAGGCCAAUGCGUAUUGGACCUGCUCUCAACAAGAAAGAUUUUGUCCACAGCACACAAGGAACUGAUUCUUAUCACGAUCCAAACAAUUCAAGACUGUUUGUCGGGUGUCUUGAUAAAAGCAUCACAGAUGACGAUGUACUGCAAGCCUUUAGUCCAUACGGAGAGCUUGUUAGUGUCAAAGUACUACAGGGGAAGGGCUGCGCCUUUGUCACAUACUCAAACCGGGCAUCGGCAGAGGAGGCCAUGAGAAUGCUAAAUGGAAGUCAGCUGGGAGGUAACGCCAUGAGACUUUCAUGGUUUCGCCGUGCUGCUAACAAGCAGGAUGGACAAAAUGGUGGCCGGUAUGGACGCCCCAAAUCCUUUGAUCCUUCUGGUUUUGGUUGGUUUCCUCAGGUUCCGUACGCUUAUGCUCAGACAGGCCAUCCAGGAUAUGGAUAUUACCAACAGCAACUACCCACAGUACAGUGAGGUCACCAUGUGAAGGAACAUCACAAGGAAUGGCAUGUAGAGAGAUUUGAACUCGGAAGAACUUCCACCCCUUUUUGGAAAUAACCUAACCCUUUAGUUGCGCUCCACGAGGAAUAGUUCUGUAUCCCACCACGGAAGCUCCCCGUGAUGCCUGGGAGUACAGUUUUGUUACGGAUGUCGAGAAUUUAGCCCGUUUAACCUAUUGAAGUUUGGGUUACCUGAAUUUUGCUAUGCCAUGGGCAUUGCUAGCAGAACUCAGGUUCAGAAUUUCUGAACUGUUUUUUAGGGAGCCAAACAUUUAAGUAAAUGCCAUAGGGUUCGACGGGAAGAAGUAGUUGCAUUCUGCACACAAUGUAAAGCUGAGUCAGCAUGCAUGCCAAUGCACGUGCGAACUAGAAUAAGACACGGUUGAAGAGCA